ACCACCAACAUGGCGCCUGCCAGGAAGUUGUACCACAGCAACUGUAGCAACCGUACCCGUUUGUUGGUAUUACAUUAAACCAUAGUAUCCUGUUACCACUGGGUUACUGGCCCUGCUUCGGUUUGACAAUUCCGGGUUGUUACACUUCUGUCGCUUAGGCUGUGUUAGUGCAAUUCUUUUACCAUUUGUACUGGAAAACUGGAGUCCUGAUUAUGGGAACAUAUCCUGAAUGUUUACAUUUAGCAUUUUUGGAAGUAUUUUCUAAAUGUGGACGUUAAGUGACGGACAGCAUUUGAGAGUGGAUGCCUUCCAUUUAUCGAUGCCGGUCUGUGCAUGUUUGCUUUCCAUGGGUCAUAUAGCUGUCUGAAGUGCUGGUAGUAUUUACAGGGAAGGUGGUGCCCCUUGACAUCAGUACUGCAGACGUGUACAUAACCAGCUGUACAUAACACAGAAGCCAGGUGCAUCACCUGUCUUCUCUUAGGGAACCUCUAAGUGUGCUGGUGCUGUGUGAGUGUCAGUAACAGCUUUAUGCUGCCCUGCAGGGAUUGCGGAUAAUACCGUGAACGGCUGUGGUGUUGUAGGUAUUAGAGAUGUGGGUGCUCAUAGACAACAGAAGGACACAGUCCUGCAACAAUUGGUAUGAGUUGCGGUGGAUUUUACCAGUACUGUGUGUUUUCUCUGUGUUGCUGGUAGUGGAAACCAUAACCAAAGAAGAGAAACGCAGACUCAGGGAUCAAGUGAAAGAAAUGUUUGAUCAUGCAUACAGCAGCUAUAUGGAACAUGCUUACCCAGCUGAUGAGCUCAUGCCUCUUACAUGCCGAGGGCGAGUACGUGGCCAGGAACCCAGUCGGGGCGAUGUGGAUGAUGCUUUGGGAAGGUUUUCAUUAACAUUAAUUGACACACUGGACACACUUGUGGUGCUGAAUAAGACAGAAGCCUUUGAAGAAGCUGUGAGGAAGGUCAUCAAAGAUGUUCAUCUGGACAAUGAUAUAGUCGUUUCAGUUUUUGAAACUAAUAUAAGAGUAAUAGGGGGACUUCUGGGAGGACAUUCCAUGGCAAUUAUGUUACAGGAUCAAGGAGAAUACAUGCAGUGGUACAACAAUGAGCUCCUUUAUAUGGCAAAGGAGUUGGGCUACAAAUUGCUGCCUGCUUUCAAUACUACCAGUGGACUGCCAUAUCCUAGGAUUAAUCUGAAAUUUGGAUUGAGGAGACCAGAGGCACGCACCGGUACAGAGACAGAUACCUGUACAGCUUGUGCUGGGACCUUAAUUCUGGAGUUUGCUGCUCUGAGUCGCUUUACAGGAGAAUCAAUUUUUGAGGAACAUGCAAGAAAAGCUUUGGAUUUUCUCUGGGAGAAAAGGCAGCGUAGCAGUAACCUUGUAGGAACAACUAUAAACAUUCAUACUGGAGACUGGGUCCGCAAAGACAGUGGAGUUGGAGCAGGAAUUGAUUCCUACUAUGAAUAUUUAUUGAAAGCUUAUGUGUUACUGGGAGAGGACAUUUAUCUGGAGAGGUUUAACACACAUUAUGCAGCGAUCAUGAAGUACAUCAGCCAGCCUCCACUGUUACUUGACGUGCAUAUUCACAAACCAAUGCUGAAUGCUCGCACAUGGAUGGAUUCCUUGCUGGCAUUUUUCCCAGGUCUUCAGGUGUUAAAAGGUGAUAUCAAACCUGCUAUCGAAACCCAUGAGAUGCUGUACCAAGUUACGAAGAAGCAUAAUUUUCUUCCAGAAGCUUUUACCACAGAUUUUAGGGUCCAUUGGGCACAGCAUCCCUUGAGGCCGGAGUUUGCAGAAAGCACAUACUUCCUGUAUAAAGCUACAGGGGAUCCGUACUAUUUGGAAGCAGCUAAAUCAAUCAUUGAAAAUUUGAAUAGGUAUGCCCGGGUACCAUGUGGUUUUGCUGCCAUGAAGGAUGUCCGAACUGGAAGCCACGAAGACAGAAUGGAUUCUUUCUUCUUGGCGGAAAUGUUCAAGUAUCUUUUCCUAAUAUUUUCGGAGAAGGAGGAUUUGAUUUUUGACGUUGAAGAAUAUAUUUUCACUACUGAGGCUCACCUGCUCCCCUUGUGGUUGUCGACAGCUGUCCAACCCAUCACCACAAAAAACACGAGUGAGAACCAAGAAUUAGAUGACAGUAACUUCGAUUGGUCUUGUCCAAAUACAAAGAUCCUGUUCCCAGAUGACCCACAGUAUGCACAUAAUGUACGGGAACCAUUUAAAAAUGUUGUGGACAAGAGCUGCCCAAAAGAUAGUGCUAAAGGGCACAAGGAAGAUUUUCAAGUCACGUUUCAAAGUGAAUCAAGUCCUAGUAGUACUGGACCCAGGCCUCCACUAAGAGCUCGGGAUUUCAUGGCCAAUAACCCAGAGCAUCUAGACAUACUGAAGAGAAUGGGUGUCACUCUGAUUCACCUCAAAGAUGGAAGAGUACAACUUGUGCAGCAUGCCAGCCAGGCAGCCAGUUCAGUUGAUGCAGAAGAUGGCUUACGAUUCAUGCAGGAGAUGAUCGAGUUUUCUAGUCAGCAACAGAAAGAACAGCUGCCUCCUCGUGCUGUGCAGAUUGUGUCUCACCCCUUCUAUGGCAGAGUGGUGCUAACUGCUGGACCAGCACAGUUUGGAAUGGACCUCUCAAAAGAUGAUGCAGAGGCAAGAGGCUUUGUAGAAAAGAGUGAACCUUAUAACGCCUGCACACACAUCACUAAUCCAGGUGUAAUAAAGGGAAAAAUCGCCUUAAUGCAGAGGGGGCAUUGCAUGUUUGCAGAAAAAGCUCGGAAUGUACAGAAAGCUGGAGCCAUAGGCGGCAUCGUCAUUGAUGACAAUGAAGGCAGCAGCAGUGACACAGCUCCACUUUUUCAGAUGGCUGGAGAUGGGAAGAGCACAGAUGACAUCUCAAUCCCCAUGCUCUUUCUUUUCAUGAAGGAGGGGAAAAUCAUCCUGGAUGCCUACUUGGAGUACAAAGAAGUGGAAGUGUUGCUGUCCAGCAAAGCCAAAGAUCGAGCUGCACUGUUUACAGGUAAAUCCAUCCCAGACUGCGUUAUAGACGGCAGUAUUGAUUCUGAGAGCAUGGAGCAGAAGACAUCUGAAGAAUCUGUAGAAGAUGUGGUAACAGGGCAGACUGUGUUAUCCUCCACAGAUUAUGAUUCCAGUUCCAAAGGUGAAAGCUCCGUUACCAUUGAGUCAGGUUCUGCACAUGCUAGUGAUUCAGAAAAUUUUGGGGAUUCCCUUCCUUAUCAGGAUGCUUUAGCAAAAGAAAGUGAAACUGUUAAAGAGGAGGAGACAGACCAAUCCAAAGAUAUUCCACCUGAGUCUUCAGAACCUGCAGCCAAGUCCGUUGCUGAUUCAAGCAAGGACAAUAAACACAAGCUGAAUGACAUAUUAGCUGAUUGGAGAGAAGACAUAGAAGCAUUUGAAAGAAUGGAAAAAGAUGAAUUAUGACCAUAGCCAAACAGUAUCGUCUGUAGCAAUGUUUCAUUUAAACUUAAAGAAAAUAAACCACACCCACUGCCUAAAGAAAACAAACCACACCCACUGCCUAAAGGGAGAUCACACCCCAAGUAUCAGAUUGUAUAGGAGAACUUCCCAGAGAGAAUUUGAAUGUUGUGACUGCAUGGGAAUUCAGUCUUUUAAAGGUGGAAUGCCUGUAUUUUUUUCAAGGAAAACACACACUUUUAAUUUAUUGAAACUUGAUAACAAUAUACAGACACUGAAAAGAAAAAUCACAGCCUCACUUUGCCAGAUACUUUUUUAAAUUUUAGUUAAUUUCUUUUCUUGUUUCAGUUUUAUUGUCUAAAAGUAUAUAUGAUAGAUCACUUGAUCUGUCAUGGUACAAUGUUUAUUGAAGGAAAGCUAGUGAAUGCUGCAUUGUUGGCAACACUCGCUGCUCAUAUGUAUUUUUCUUCUCCUAUUAAUAGGGAGAAAGGUGUAGUCAAUUGUAUUACUAAUUGGUUUUAAGUAUUUUUGUUUGCACAUCAUAUGAGAUAUCUUUAUAUAGUAAUCUGGAAACAAUUGAAUUGCUGUACACAAACAGUUCACCUUCUUGUAAAAAGAGAGCUUCUCUAAGGUCACUUUUUUCUGCUGUAAAGUUAAACUUUGCACUUAUAUCUUAGAGGUUUCAUAUUCUGAUGCUUUAACAGUUGUGUGAAAUACCAAUUGUUGCUUUCUUUCGGCUCACCAGUCCUGAUUUUGACUGUAUCCCCACAGUAAUUAUUUUAGUUGCGAACUUUGAAGAAGGUCCUGUAUUUCUUUUUCAUUGAAGAUACCAAGUCUUUGUUUGCUCAUGUGUCCUUUUUUUAUUUAAAAAUCCUUAUUCAGAGCUAAUUUAUGUUGGUGUACUUACGUUCAUAGAGCCUCUGCAAAGCAAAGGCUGGUAAUGAUUCAGUGAGAUUUGCUUUACUAGGGAUUUUGAGGGUAUUAGCUCUAAUUGGGUUGCUCCCCCCCAAGAGCUUUAGGAUAAUAUCUUCUUUUCACAUUUGACUCUGUUGCAUUCUUUUUUCUUUCACUGUUUUCCUAUCACUAUAUUUCUUUUACUUUACUUUCAUUACCCCCCAGUAAGUGCAGUCUUGUGUCCAUCACCAUCUUUUGUUGGAUUAAACCUCAUCCCAACAAGUUCUCCAGUGGUACAACAUGUGAAGUUGGUCCUUUCUGUUUCUUAGAUAAGUCAAGAGUGGUGUCCUGUCUGUUCUGUAAUCUGGACCACAAGGAAGAAGUGAGCUGCUCACUGUCUUUGAAGAAGGACACCCUCUGGUGUUUUUAUUCCUGAGAGACUUUUUUUUUCAGUUUCAUGUGUGUACCAGCAUCCCAAACAGCCAUCUUUUAUUCUUUAGUACUACUGGCAUCCAUAAAUGAAACUUGUAUUAUGGCAACUCAUUUGUGUUAGACUUUCAUACAAGCAUUUGAACUCAAAUACCGCCCUGUUCUGUUUGGACUCUUUAGCUAAGAAACGACUGCCUGGUCUCCCAACCCCAAUUUCUUUGCCAGUGACACCAGCUAGCUUUGCUAAAGUUGAACAUCCCUCUCUUCACAAGAAGCAGUACAUUUUUUCUCCCUGAGUAAUACUACCUCUUGUUUUACCUGGUGGACACCCACUCCAGCGCACUACUGCCAAACAACUUCUUUGUGUGCUGCAGCCACACCUGCUGCUUUUUGACCACCAGCAUUCUUCUUUAGAGUGGCUGCAUGCCCUUUGGCUGAGUCCUAAAUGCCAUCAGGCUCACUUGUCUUCUCUGAGGAUGACUUGAGGUCAGAUGCUACACUGCAGCCACCUUCUUAACAUCUUUCUGGAACAUGUUAACGCAGAACGUGUGUUCUCAUUUUAUCACCCUGAUUGGAAAUGGUGAAUCUUUUUAGCUUCUGCUCAGAUACCCCCCCAGAAGAGUGGUACCAUGUGCACACAGUUUUGCCGGGUUUUCCAUCCAGUUUUGCAUAGUGGAAGGUGCUGCCAAAGUAGUAGUUUUUCUCCAGUUUCCAUCAGCUGUGUGCAUUUCUACACAUGGCAGUUGGAUUUAUACCCCAUUACAGACACCACAACUUGAUAGGAAGGGGGAACAUUAAUGAGGUGCUGUGCUUCAGAAAAGAUUACACAGAGCUCUUAUCUGCCCAUUCUGGUGGUUGUGUACAAGGGGAUGUCCAAGGUCUCGUGAAACCUGUCAGGAGAGGAGAGCUAGUCAGAUUUCCACAAGUCAGAGUAAAUUAUUUAUUUAUUUAAUAUUUAUUUAGUUACUUGGAUUAGUCCCUCUAGGUCAAUGGCCUCUCUUCAGGGGAGACCCAAGGUGAUAUUCAUAGGAGAAAUUUGGUCAGGGUAUCGGGGAACUUCCCCUACUGUUUGUGAUGCGUGCCAUGGGAUCUUUUACAUCCACCAUAGCUGUGAUCAACUGAGGCAGAUGGAGCCUAAGUUUAAUAUCUCAUCUGCAUGAUGUCUCACUCAGGAGAUCAGCACCCUUAGUCAAAGUGUUUUCUUUAAAAAAAAAAAAAAAAAAAAGUACAAGUGUGAUUUGCCUAGUUAGCAAAACACAGCAUGUAAGUAGACAUCUCCUAAGAUGAUAACUUCUCAUUUAUCAGUCCGUAUGCUUUCUAGGUUUAAUACCAUCACUAGUUUGCUUUCUAUCACAAGAUGCAGGUUAGUAGGUAGUCUGUUUGGGUCAACUCACCAAUUUAACAAAUUACAGUCCCUCCAAAAAGGAAAGGGUUAGUACUUUUUGAUCAUCCAAAGUGAAUAGUUUAAAAACUCUUAGUGCAGCAGAAACAGCGUUUAUUAGUUGGCAAGAAUGUGUGUGUGGCUAGACAUGUUAUGGUCCCCAUGACUGCUUGACUAGGAUUGAUGUCCAAACUGCAAUCACUAUUGCAGUAUUCCCAACAUAUGGAUUGUCACUGCUGACAUCUGGCUUGGGUACCAAAGCUUUACCUUCCUGAGGUCAUAUGUCCGAUGCAUGACCUCACCUUAUAUGCUUAGGGUAUAGAGAUGGACAUACGAGUGUGGAUUUUCAGACGGUCUCACUGCCAACCUGAACGUAGGUUGUGCAUUCAUUGGAUUAAUCGCCAUUUGGUCGUUGCUACCUUUGCUUUGAUCAUUUAACCAUAUAAGUGUCCCAUUUGAGAACCUUCCUUUUUACUUGCAGUAUUUUGUUGAAAGUUGUUAGAUGUUAGCUAGGAGAAGUGCGAGUGCGGAAGGCAAAUUCCAUACAAGAACUUGAAUACCAAGUGCCUGGAACACAAUCACAAAUCUUGCUCAAUCCUGUCAAUUGUUCAUUCUCACAGCCCAUAGUUUCAGGCCUUCUUCUCUCAACACCUUUCUAGAGACUCCACAUCUUAAACACUUGGCCCAGUCCAAGAUGGCCAAAUCUGCAUCUUGGAUGUUCCUCUUCUGUUGAA